UUGACCUCGGAAACGUCAAUAACGUAAAGUACGUAUUCCUGAAAAAAAAUGGCGUCUGUGUCGGAGCUGUACGAUGUCACUUGGGAAGAUAUGAGGGACAAACUUCGGAAAUGGAGAGACGAAAAUUACAGAAACAGCGAACAAAUUGUGGACGUAGGAGAAGAACUAAUAAACGAACAUUCAUCAAAACUAGGAGAUGAUAUUUGGAUUAUUUAUGAGCAGGUGAUGAUAGCAGCGUUGGACUGCUGUCGGGACGAUUUGGCCUGGAGUUGUCUACAGGAACUGAAGAGGCAGUUUCCAGAUAGCCACAGAGUGAAGCGAUUAGCGGGCAUGCGGCUGGAGGCUUUGGAAAGGUACGAUGACGCCAACAAGCUGUACGAUUCAAUACUACAAGACGAUCAGACCAAUACGGCGGCCAGGAAGCGCAAGAUCUCCAUCCUGAAAGCCCAGGGGAAGACUGCCGAGGCCAUCCGUGAGCUCAAUGAGUAUUUGGAGCAGUUUGUUGGAGACCAGGAAGCGUGGCAUGAGCUGUCGGAACUCUACAUCAACGAGCAUGAUUACGCAAAGGCCGCCUUCUGCCUGGAAGAGCUCAUGAUGACCAACCCGCACAACCACUUGUACUGUGAGCAGUAUGCCGAGGUGAAGUACACCCAGGGGGGCAUGGACAACCUGGAUCUGGCACGCAAGUAUUUCGCCCAGGCACUGAAGCUGAACAACAGGAACAUGCGGGCCCUGUUCGGCCUCUACAUGUCUGCCAGUCAUCUUGCAGCCAGCCCAAAAGUCAGCGCCAAGGUGAAGAAGGACAAUGUGAAAUACGCCGCCUGGGCUGCCAGUCAAAUCAACAGAGCCUAUCAGCUGGCAGGGCGCGGGACAAAGGAGAGCAAGUGCUCCAUGAAGGCGGUGGAGGAGAUGCUGGAGUCCAUGCAGAUCACCAUGUCCUGAGCCUGGAGUCCGUAUGGCCUCCCUCUCUCCGUCAGCUACACCAUCACUACACGGCAGCUCCUACUGUACAGCACCCACCCUCCAUCACCACGGUGUAUUGGGAGGUGGGAGUCACCCAUUCCAGCCCCCCGCCCCCCCCCCCCCUCUGGUUUUGUUUUUGUUAGGUUUGUUAGGUCUUCUACUGCAGAAGCCGGUAGAGUACUCCCCACAGUGCAAAAUCAGGGACUAGAAUGUUAAUAGAUGACUGUAAAUGUUAUUUAAAAGGAAGAGGCUGCGAGUGUGUGACCUGUUUGAUCUUUGUCUGAAUGAUGUGACCUUUUUAUCGUGGCCGACCCCCAGGGUCGGUCAACUGCCCGUCUCAAUAAAGAGAGUUAUAAUAGAAAAUAACAAAAUAAAAUAAGGAUAUUAAAAAAAA